AUGGAAGAAAAUACAGAAGAAAAACAUUCAAACAGUAGUGAGAAACCCGGAAGACUUUGUGAAAAUAAAGUGAAGAAAAGGGAGGUCAAGAAAAUUCAGUGCCCAGUUUUGGAUUCUGACUCCUGUGAAUGUCACUAUGAAGACAAACAUACAUGUAUGAAAGGGGAAUUUAAACGAAAACCAAGGAGUGGAUCUAACCAGUCCAAGUCAAAAUUUAGCUUUAAUUCCAAUGUUGGGUCCAAAAAUAUUUUUGCAGUUCCAUGUUCUUCAUCAGAAGCUUGUGAAUAUGACAAAGAAAACGGUGAAGAUGAUGAGGAUGAAGGGGAAACAACCCAAACUGAGUAUCCAGAGUUAUCUUCCCUACUUCAUGACUUGUGUAGUGCUAAAUAUGGUAACAAUUUAAAUGAAAAUAAAGUUAAAUCAUCAGCUUUACAGCCAAAGAACCGAAGAGAUUCAAAAACACUGAGACCCAAUCUUAAAUCAACAGAAACUAACGAAACUCAGAUUUCAGAAGCAGGUACCAGUCAAGAACAGGGAACCAGUCAGACGUGUGACUUUAUUUCAGGACUGCAUUAUGCCAUUCCAUUUUUGUCAGACAAACUAAAGUCCAGCUUAUUCAGCAGACUAAGAUGUCAAUCAGAGCCCAAAGAAAUAGGUGCCACAAAGACUAUCAAAGAUCAGGAAACUGACCACUGUGACUAUGAUAGCAGUGAUAGUGGAAGUUUUGUUUUGGAGGAAAAUCCUUGCCUUGACAACAAACAUCUACCUCGAUGUUGUCACGACUACCAUGAGGACAGUGGUUCGUGUUGCCAUGGCAAUGAAUCACAACCAUUUUGUUCUGGAAGAUUGAGUGAAAUGAAUGGUGAGUCACCAUGCAGAUUUGUGGAAAAUAAGGGUUGUAGUCAUUUUCAUCGUGGCUGCUGCAAUCCCCAUAACAACCAAUGUGACAUCAGAAAACAAGAAUUUGGAGACAAUCGCCAUGGUAAUGAUACAGGCAUGAUUCCAUCAGACAAUGGUUCGCAAUGUUAUAGCUGUGAACAUAAUGGAGAAAUGUAUGUUUGUCAUAUUGACAAUUCCAAUGAUCAGCAUACAACAGGAGUUUCUGAGGACCACUUCAUUGGAGCCCACUCUGAGGACAUUGAGGACAGUUACAGUGGGGUCCUCUCUGAGGACAGUAUAUUUGGGACCAUUACUUCUGAGGAGGAGCAGAUUGAGGAGUCCGUCAGUCGGAUUGUGGAGGACGUGGGAAAGAUUGACCUACUGGAUCACUUCCUGGAGGAACGAGGAGAUGAGAUGUCCAGUGAAGGUUCUGAGGUGGUCCCUGACCUAUUUUCUAGUCUCAGUUCUGACAGUUGCCAAGCAGACGAUGAGUUUGAAUGUGACUGUGGGCACUGUGAAGGAUCAGGGCCAGGUCACCAUGACAACAACCUUGACCUGAAUUGGCAGGUGGCAGGGAGACUGGAGGAUUCUACCAGGGGAGUUAAUUCUCAUACACAAAAUAGGAAUCUUGAAGAACUCUCAAGUGAAAGAACACCCAUGGGAGCCUCAGUGACCUCUGACCCUGAAGAUAAUGAUAUAGAAGAGGGUGUUUAUAGGUUCAGUCUCUUGCCUCCAUUAAACUCAGAACAACUGGAGGCCAUGUUUGAGAGAAUGAUAGCCCAGCUACAAGAUAUUAACCUUGGAGGUGGAACAGAACAAGCCCCACCCCCUGCAUCUACUUCGACCAUUGAAAGCCUUCCUUACAACACAGUCACCGCCCACCAAAUUGAUGACCUUGCCCCUUGCUCCAUUUGUUUGUCUUCCUUUGUUGUCAUGGAUACCACUUCACAUCUGUCUUGCAAUCACCUUUUUCAUCUUCACUGCAUCAAAGCCUGGCUAACAAAGUCUGCAACAUGUCCUGUCUGUCGAUCACGUGUGGAGUCACCAACAGUUCCAUAGAAACUGAGCAUGCUCAUUCAACAGGAAGUGAUGUCAAAAAAUCCUAACCUUUUGAUGUUUAGAUGUCAGUAGGAAAACAGAAAAUACUAUACAACGAGGGACAGCAUAAUUACAUGGAUCUAUAAUUAUUUAUAUCUCUACAGCAAAAUAUAUUUUGUUCAUGUCCAAAAUUUUUUUUCUUAAGGCAUAUCUUGAAAUAUAACUGCUUUUGUAAUGUUCAUACUAACAAUUCUCCUGCUUGGAUAAGAUUCCUCUCAUAUUUGCAUUUUGUUUUUGUUUUUUUUAUUUUUAAAGUGGCAAGUCUUGAUAGUGCUGUGCAGUUCUGAGAGUAUUUGUUAUUUGUUGAGAGAAUCUUGUUUAUGGAAUGUUAACUCUCAGUUUGUUUCAAUGUGAUAUACAUGUAACUGUGUCAAUUUCCUGUAUGGCUGGGAACAGAUUGAGGUGCAAUAUACUGAUACAAUGUAUCUAGGUACAUGUACUUGAUACAUGUGCAUACAACUGGGUAAUGAUUGAAUUUGUUGAAGUUUUUUUUUCACAUUGUAUUUAUACAUUGUGGAAGCCAUUGAAUUAUGGACCAUGCAUGUACAUGCAGCUUUCAUUUGUUAAGCUUAGCUGGUUUUAUUUUAAGUCUGCGUAUAGAACCAUCCUCAUUCUUCAGAAUAUGUAUAAUUAGGCACUGUAGUUUAAGGGUACAUUGUCAACAGAAUUCAUAUGGAAGCAUCUUUGAUGCAGUCUUUUAUGCUUUAAUUUAUAACUAUUGGCAAAAUAUGAAUUUAUCAGACUAUAAUACCCAGUAUAAAGUUGCUGAUGGCACUACUUACAUGUUCCAAGACAUUCAUUUCCGCUAAAUUCUGAACAUGCCCAGGGCUUUCAAUAAGGGGCGGAAGGAGGCGAUAUACAUGUAUCACCAUUUCAAUGAUUUGUCACUUCAAAUGUCAUAAUUGGCAAAAUAAACUACGAUUUUGAAAAGAAUUUUUAAACAGCCUCUUCAAGGGGAUGAAUUCAAGUGUUUGCUUCAGAAUUAUUGAUAGCCCAUGAUGCCAUUGUUCCCGCAUGAGUUGACAAGGCAGAGUAACAUUAAUCUAUCGUUUCCAUGACUGAUUAAUUUUCAUUUAUGACAGGUCAAGGACAUACAGUUAAACCUUGUUAUCUCAAACUCAAUGGGACUGAGUAAAAACUUCGAGAUAUCCAAAGGUUUGAGAUAUUGAGGUCAAUCUGAUUAAAAUCAGAUCUUUGUUACGCUCCGAAAACUGACAGUCGCCGUAAAAAGCGUAACAAAGAUCUGAUUUUAAUCAGAUUGUAUUGAGGUUAAGGACAUAUGCAACGUAGUUUGGACUUUAUUGUCUUUUCCCCUGGAGUUGAAGAGUUCCAAUACUUAAAGGAACUGUGUGCUACAUUUUAAUGUCUAUAUAUGCUGUUGUACACUUCUUCUAUAAAAACAAGUUUUGAUAAACAAAACAUCUAGAAUAUAUGCUUAGUAGUUUUUGAAUAUUUUUCUUUAAAUUAUACAAGAAUUUUCAUCAAUUGAUAUCUUUUCAAAACCCCUGGUAAUGCAUGCUGAUUUUUUGUCUACAAACAUCUGAUGGCACUAUGAUCUUAAAUUAAGAAUUAUCUUGAAAUAUUAUCAGUAGGUAAGGUACGUUGCGACGUAUGUCCUUAAAAUACAAUAAGAAAUUAGUGGUUGAGACUUUCAGAUCACUUCGACAUACACAUGGUAUUCAAGUAUCAGAGUUCAAGAUACCAAAGUUUAACUGUAUAUGUAAAUGUUUGAUAUAGCAUUUAUAGUACUAAGUGGAAAUAAUCUUUAUAUAAUGCAUAUCUGUAUAAAUUUCUAUGUUCAUUCAACACUUGUAUGUGUACAGUAUACCGUAUAUACUCACCUAUAAGUCGUUUUUUUGGGAGUCAAACUUUGGUCCAAAACUCUUUAUCCGACUUAUACGAGAGUUAUAAAAUGAUUGGUAUUUUAGUGGGUCAAUCACUCUAGUUGAAGUUAAAAGAAUACAACCAACUUAUAGGCGGACCGACUUAUAGGCGAAUAUAUAUGGUACUUGUGUUUCUUUUGGCACUCAUCAUGCACACACUGUAAUGAGUCAUUUUAAAAGUUAUCUACCAGUAGUCUUAAGAAAAUCCUUUUUUUAGUUAUAUGUGUUUUAAAUGUAUUUAAAUUGUUAAACAAAACUUGCAUCAAGUUUUGAGUUGCCAUUUUUUGGUUGAAUUUAUUUAAAGUUUUUCUUGUUUAAAGGCAUUAAAAGAAAUUUUUGAACAUUGAAAUUCUGUGAAGAAGAGAAAAGUUGGAACAAUCUAUUACAUGUUGAUUAGGCAACAAAUGCCAUAUUUUAAAUCAGCUUAUUUAUUGCAAGAAAAAUGAUUAUUAAAGUAAAAAUAAAAAGAUG